AUGGCGAUUGAUAGUACUUUAGCGUUGGUAGCAUUGUACCUCCCAGCCAAUCACAGCCAAGAUAGAGGGCGCUGUGGUGAUGACGCGAGGUCCCCCCAAGCUAGCUUGCUCUGGGAACAUUGCUUUGAGCUCCAUACAUUUUCUUUCGGUUCUCUACGUCUGCAGUUUGGUUGUGCACUAGUUCAAAAAUUAUUUCAAAAUUUUCGCCAUCAGGAAAAAAGUCAAAAUGUCGGACAAGCCGAAGCGUCCCAUGUCAGCUUACAUGCUAUGGCUAAACAGCGCAAGAGAACAAAUCAAAUCCGAUAA